AUGGCACACCACAGGCCCAUUCCCCUGCCGCGUCCCAAAUGCUUCUGCGGCCACGUUGCCACGGCAGUCUACUCUUACAACGACACCGCCACCUUCGCUACCGCUCCCGCAACAGCCGCUUCGGGAAUAGCAACAUCCUUCUGGGACUCUGCAGGCGGAUUUCCACAGGGGCAACAGAACAUUCCUUUAGCAAGCUCGAGUCAAAGUCGUAGGAACUUGGCUCAGACAGCAUCAUCGAGAGCUUUGACCAUCAACUGGGUCUACGAAUGUCAUUUCUCGCCUAAACAGGAGGGCAUGGUCGGACCAGACUAUUGCCAUGGGUGCAGGCAUGACCGGAUCGAAGCUGAAGAGCAACGUUUGUUGGGUUUUAUCGAAGAGCUCCGGAUCAAGUCGCAAGAACACAGUAACCAACCCAACAGCGAUCGUUCGGAGCCAGGAUUGCCAGGAUUCGACCCUUUAGGGCAUACUGGCACUCUUGAGGAUUACUAUAACCCUGGCGUCCACAUGAGGCCCACACAAAUCGACAAGCGCGAGCUGUAUGCCUGGAUCAUGAAACAUUAUCGGGAAAGCGAAUGGAAUAAGGGCAAGACUGUGGACCGCGACAUCCGAUCUUCUUCACGACCAAUCUCGACUUGGAAUACAAGUGCACAGCCAUUAUGGCCGAAAUUUACGGUAUCGGGACCUCUUCAGCCAUCUCCAAUGCCGGACAAAUCGUUCUUUGCCACGGCUCCUCGUGCAUCCACAAUCAGUGCGACUUCGAAUGUGACGGAACCAAGUGUUUUGGGAGCUGAGGCGGUAGCAGGAGCAGUUGCUGUAGCGAGGACUGUUGUGACACCGACGCUUGCGUCUGCAACGACUACGCCCAUAACGCCUGCUACGGCUGCCUCAACAAGCCCCAACCACACCGUCAGACCAUCGACACCGCCUCUGCCCCCGGAAUUAAUUGAUCCCCCAAUUCCGGACAGAAAAGUAUGCGGUUUCCAUAUGCACGCGCUCGAGUACCACAAAAUGCAGAAGAUGUAUAGAGAUGAUGUGAUCAAGAUCGCUCAACGUGCUCAAUGCCCGAUCUUCAACCUCUCGGUCACGCGAUGGAUGAAGCUUGGGUUGAACCAUCUGCAGAAGGAGCCGUUCAAUACGGUCGAGUGUCUUUGUGGCGAACCAAUGGUUGUUUCUUCGGAGUUUUCAGCGGAUGUUUCGAAGGAGAAUUGCUAUAAGCUGGUGUGUCCUAGGACGGUAUUUCCGAUCCGUAGAGAGGAUGCGAACGAGGCGAUAGAGACCAGGAAGGCAGGAAGCACAAAGGCCGCCAAUUCAGAUUUUGGCCGUCCACGUCUGCAUCAGGAUUGGGGGCCUUGCUCGCAUGAGAUUCUGGUGAACGAAGUGCUGUAUUCUCCACGAUUGAAACCAAUCCAUGGCCGGAUUGUGAACGAUGAGUGGUUAGACCAAUGGUUCCAGCCGCAACGGCCUCGUGAGUCGUAUUUCAGCUCGAGAUACACGGUUCCGGACGUGAAGCCAAUCAUAAACAAGAGCCAGGACCGACUCCCGGUCGAUUUCUCGAAAUCUGUCAAGGUGAAUCGGUAUAUGUUCUCGAAGACGGUUUCUUUCAGGCGGCCAGUGGAUGAGGACGCGGAGGAUAUUCCUCGACCGCACCUGGGACUUUCGGGACUACAACCGUCAUGGGUUUUUACAGAUUCGUGGGAGUACAAGACCACGAAUAAGCAUAAGGGAGAUGAGUGGCCGGUCCCGGAGUGGUGUGGGCGUCGCCUUGUGGAUCGGAUCCUAAACGAUGAGAGCUAUGGCCUGUGGAGCGACGAGGCAUCGAAUCAUUUCGAAACGUUUAACGUCCAGGAGAUGUCUCCGAAUUUGAUCCGCACAAGCGUCAAAAAGGCGUCUGUGGCUGCAGAAAUGUACCAUCAGAGAAAUGGGACGCUGUUGACGGAGCGGGUCGCGGAGCAGCAGAAGAGGAUCCAGCAGGCAGAAAUAGAACUCGAGAAGGAACAGGCGGCACACGCGGAUUUGGUUCAUCAUAUUGAGAGGAUGCGGUUGAAUGCACAGGAUAUGCCGCAGACAAAGUGCAGGAUCUGCUUCGAGAAGACUUCGACCCACGCAAUAGUGCCGUGUCUGCAUCUGGUGACUUGUGGCGACUGUGCGAGCCAGGUCAAGGAGUGUAUCGUUUGUCGAGUCAGGAAGUCGGGCGUCCAGCGGAUUCGAUGGGGAUAG